AUGCUGUCAUUUGCUGGUAAAUUGGUGCUGGCGCCGAUGGUUCGUGCUGGUGAACUACCCACACGAAUUUUAGCGAUUAGAAACGGUGCAGAUUUGGUCUGGGGACCUGAAAUUAUUGAUAAGAAACUGAUUCAAUGUAAGAGGCAUGUAAAUGAGAAACUUGGUUGUGUAGAUUACUUGGUUGACGGUACAACGUCUCCUGUGUUUAGAACUUGCCCACAGAUUGAAAAGGGCAAAAUUGUGUUCCAAAUUGGUACAUCAACUCCAUCAUUGGCCAUUCAGGCAGCGUUGACAGUAAUACAAGAUGUUGAUGGCAUUGAUAUCAAUGCAGGUUGCCCUAAGCACUUUUCGAUCCAUUCUGGUAUGGGAGCAGCUCUAUUGAGAACUCCUGACAAAUUAUGCGAAAUUCUUUGUGAAUUAGUGGAAAAAGUGGGUAGACCAUAUGGCAAGACAAUAAGUGUAAAGAUUAGGCUCUUAGACAACAGGGAAGAUACCUUGCAACUAAUUAACAGACUAUGUCAAACUGGUAUUUCACAUUUAACGGUUCAUUGUAGAACUACACCGAUGAGAAACAGAGAACAACCAAUCAGAGGUUAUAUCAAAGAGAUUUACGAGGUUUGCCAAACAAACGGUGUAACGUUAAUCAUAAAUGGGGGUAUUAAAAGUAGAUCACAUUUCCAAGAGAUACAAAGGGAUCUAGAAUUACCGAAGGAGAUCGGUGGUAUGAUGGCAGAUUGUGCAGAACAGAACCCUACAGUGUUCUUAGAUUCACCAAUUGAAUGGUUUGAUGUGGUUAAGCAAUAUGUGAGAAUAGCUAACGAUUACGAUAAUAACUUGGGGAAUACCAAAUAUAUGAUUUCGAGAAUUGUACCGGGCAAAUCGAAGUUUUACCAAUUUUUUGCGCGUUGUAAAACAUUUCAAGAGAUCGAACACGUACUGGGUCUAUUAGGACCCAAAGGCGACCCACUUGGGGAUCCACUACCGUUUAUUGAAAACUGUAGACAACAAGAAAAAUUGGCCAAACAAAGGACCAAUGAAUUAAAAUCUAAACAAAGACAGGCAGAAAAGAGGCAAUCGUUGGAACAGGAGGGCGUACAAGAAUCGAAGAAAAUUAAAACUUAA